AUGUCGGGCAACGUGACGAACACGACGAUCAAUACGGAGACAUGCGGUUACUGGAUGGAGGAAGGUGCAAUUCCAGAAGCCGACAGCGAGAUCUCAGGCAUAGGUGCGAUACUGGCGUUUCUUCUCAGUGCCUACAUCACAUUCGCGAUUGUACUGGUGUCAUAUCUACUGGGCUCGAUCGAUAAAAGCCUCUUACGGCCUGUGGAUUUUUACGUCCAUCGGCUUCCGUCACAGCGACGCACAAGUCCUUCAUGGCAUAAGGCACUCCAACAGUGCGUCCUCCUGCUUAGCGACCAACAAAUAGUCACUGGUAUCGCCAUCUGUAUUGCUGGUUUCAUCGGAUUGCAUGGCCACAUUUCGGUAUACCACUUUCAAACAGUCAUUAUGCUGGCUUGGAUGUCAAGCUCGGUCCAUCUUUCGGCUCUCACAAUGCUAGGAGAUUAUUUUCGCAAGCGGCCUGCAGUGCUAAGUUGGCGUAUUGUCGGUAUGCUAGUACUGCUGGUAUUGUUGCUUGUGGCCUUGGUACCUACCGCAUCCAAUCUUUGGGCACUCUGGUGGGGUCCGGAUCAAGAGACACAUGAUGUGAGAACCAGCUGGGCGAUACCAGCCAGAUGCUUCUUCUUCAAGACUUGGGGUGAAGGUGUCAAUCCUGACGCGCCUUUGGCCUAUCUGAUUCUCAUAACGUCGUACAUCUGGAAGAUUGGUGCAUUGUUCAAAGGCUCCCGAAACAUAUUCCAUCGUCGAGUCAGAGGGCCUACUGAAUACUUGCUGGAGCGUAUCUUACAUGCCGAAGCCCUCAAGGCUUCACGACGACGAAAGCGAAACUCUUUGUCAUGGUUGUAUUAUGCAACGAUGACAGUCUACGUAAUCUCCUUGGCAGUCUUCGAGUUUGCCGCGUCUUUUGCGGCAUCCCUGUGGCUGUCGUAUGUUGGCCUG